UUUUCUAUUCCACAAAGACACAUGUUUAGGUAUCCCACUCCCCUUUAGACAUCAACAAUCAAACAUUAUUGACAGCAACCCUGGAGCAAUGAAGGUAAGUGCUUUGCUCAAGGGCAGAGUGACAAAUCACUUUGACGGCUCAGGGAUUCACUCAAACCACUAGAAUACCUUGCCCGCUGCCCAAAAUUAUGCCUGGCUGCUACCUGCUCUAUAACUGAGGCAUCAACCAUAUAACCUAGGGGCAAAUGUUCCUGAAGUUAUGUACCUGGAUUUGCUUAUAUGAUUAUACAUUUAAUUAGGAUUAAUAGAAUGAGUCCUCAUUAAUGUCAUCACCUGUUAGUCAGUGACCAGCUGCAUUGUCAACAUUCAAUUACAAUCGCUCUGAAAACAUUCAGUUCAUAAGCCUAAAUAAUACCUAUCAAAAGACGACCCUACACAAAAUAAUAGCCUAUGUAUUAAUGCAGUAGAAAUCAUGAAUUGUAGCUGUGCUUAUCGAUCAAUCUUCCAUAACUCAGAGAGCUCUCUUGAGUUAUCUAUUUGUGCGCAGCUGGUUAUUUGACGUGUGCCCCAUGAUUGUUUUUCAUUUGCAAUCAUAAUCUGAGCCACUUGGAUUAACUGGUGUAAGCAUAGGAAGUGUCAAAUCAGGAAGCACAGCAGUCAGUGCUACUCCGAGACAGAGCAGAGCGCUCAAAUUGCGAUUAUCACAGAGCGGCAACACCCAUUCAUUCACGCUGAGCUUUCCUUAAAUCUGCGUCGUCUUUUCCAACAGUCCUCCUGAAGCUCGUCCGUUGAGUGCGUCAUUUUGUUGAAUAUGGAAUUUGGAGUCAUUUUAUCUCAUUCGAUUUAAAACAAUCAAAGUUAGCAAAUUCAGUGUUUUGAUUCUGCACUUCGUUCUGUUUAUGUGGGUGCGCAGCAAGUUUUGGCUUUCAACCCUUCAAACUUGCUCCAUAGGCUUUGGUUCGGAAGUAAAGCACGUGACGUUACCUGGGAUUGAGUCCACCUGCCCUCGUAUGAAAUCAAUUACCAUGUUAGGAGGACUAUUUACACCGAGGACGGAGUCAUUUAGGGCAUGCAUUUUAUUUUGAGAAAUAUGCGCUUUGGGCUUUCAUAAUUGAUCUCGGAAAUGUGGGGAAAUUGUCUGCGGAUGGACAAAAGCCACACACAGAGGAGACCAGCCCUGCUCAUGGAUGGGUAAGGUCCCUGCCAACGCAGUCAUUGUCCAGUGAUACUGCCCCAUCAGCCCUCUCAUCUCCUCCCAACCAAGGCUUGGUUCCCCCAGAGGAGAAGCAGGGAUGUACCAGGAGGUGGCCUUCCUAGCAGGCAGCACAGAGAAAGAGUUCACACCCUUUCACUUCCCCGUGGAGAACCAGCAGGAGGUGGUCACUAAGAAGGGUGUGUUUUUCAAGCGACAGCGCCUACUCCGGAGGCCUAAUGAGGGGCAGGAAGAGAACAACCGGUCCGCUGUCAUUAAUGUGGGCGGGAUCAGGUAUCGCAUCCCGUGGUUGGUUCUGGAGGAGUUCCCUCUAACGCGGCUCGGUCGGCUGAAGGGCUGCAACUCGCUGGACGAGAUCAUGGAGGUGUGCGACGACUAUGACGACAGACGCCAGGAGUACUUCUUCGAUCGCAGCCCGUCCGCGUUCCGUACCAUCGUGACGUUCCUGGCGGCGGGCCGGCUGCGCCUGCUGAGGGAUAUGUGCGCCCUGUCCUUCCAGGAGGAGCUGAUCUACUGGGGUGUGGAGGACACCCGGCUGGAGUGGUGCUGCCUCCGGAAGCUACGCAUCCGACAGGAGGAGCAUCGGGAGCAACUGAGGAUGGAGGAGGAGGAGGCAGAGCUUACCGCCACCCUGACCCCCCAGAGCUGCGAGGAGGAGCAGGGCCCCCCUGGGAUGGCGGGAAUGGAGGAGGAAGGCCGCAUGGCGGGCUGCAUGCGAAGGCUCCAUGACAUGGUGGAAAACCCUCAGUCUGGACUACCCGGGAAGAUCUUUGCAUGUCUGUCGGUGGUGUUUGUGGCCAUCACCGCGGUAACGCUCUGCGUCAGCACCAUGCCUGACCUGAGGGAGGAGGAGGAGAGGGGCCUGUGUUCUCAGAGGUGCUACAACAUCUUUGUCUUGGAGACGGUGUGCGUGGCGUGGUUCUCCCUGGAGUUCCUGCUGCGCUUCAUCCAGACGCAGAGCAAGUGCUUGUUCCUGAGGACGCCGCUGAACGUCAUCGACGUGGUGGCCAUCCUGCCCUACUACGUGACGCUGAUCGUGGACUCUCUGUCGGAGGGCGGGCAGAAGCCCAGCGGGGGGAACAACUACCUGGAGAAGGUGGGCCUGGUCCUGCGCGUGCUCCGGGCCCUGAGGAUCUUCUACGUGAUGCGCCUGGCCCGACACUCCCUGGGGCUGCAGACCUUGGGCCUGACGGUGCGCCGGUGCACCCGCGAGUUCGGCCUGCUCCUCCUCUUCCUGUGUGUCGCCAUGGCACUGUUCUCCCCGCUGGUGUUCCUGGCGGAGAGCGAGUUGGGCGCCAAGUACGACUUCACCAGCAUCCCCGGCACCUACUGGUGGGCGGUGAUCUCCAUGACGACGGUGGGGUACGGGGACAUGGUGCCUCGGAGCAUCCCGGGGCAGGUGGUGGCGCUCAGCAGCAUUCUCAGCGGGAUCCUCCUCAUGGCGUUCCCGGUCACGUCCAUCUUCCACACGUUCUCCCGGUCCUACUUGGAGCUGAAGGAGGAGCAGAACAGGACGCUGAGGCAGAAAGCGGACUCCCAGGACUCCACCAAGUCUCAGAACAGCGAAGACUCCGCCGAGACGGACAGUUACCGCGGCAUCACAGAGGCCGCCGCCAACGCCGUACGCAGGAAGUCCAUCGCCAUGGCUUUGCAGAGGAGGUCCAUGCAGACUCAAGACUGAGCGUGUGUGCGCGUGCGCUGUUUGUAGUGGUUGCAAGCAAGCAAACGUGUGUGCGUGCGCGUGUCCACUAUGGGAGAGCCGGAGGAUGGGUGGUGCUCUAUGGGAACGUUUUACUGGAGCUGAAGGACAAGGAAAGGGAAGAAGACGGCAAGCUUCAACAUUCAACCUCCACAGCUCUGGCCUUGAAUCUAUUCAGUGGAGUUUCUAUGAUUUUAUAAAAUAGCAGCAGAUGUCUUUUUACUGAAAGUGUGGGGAUAGAACAAUAUAAGUUCUCAAAGGUCAAGGACUUCCUAAAAGGACAUUUCACCCAGAAAUAUAGAAGCUUGACAACAAAGCACAGGGAGACAGGGUGAAAGCCUUUUUUUUCCCACAAAUAUUCAGUAAGAUGCUCUCCUUGCGGAGGUAAAACGACCUUGGAAUUAAAUAUUAAUUUGGUUGCGUCUAUUUAGUAGUAUUUAACUUUACCAUUGACAUUUAUCUAUGCUUUGUUUGCUUCUAUAUAGAUUGGGUAGACUCAGGACGUGCAUCUUUUCCCAAACGUAAUAAAACCCUGGCUAAUACACGACCAUCUGACUAUGUACACAAGGUUGGUGGAGGCCAGUCUGCUACGUUUCAACACUUCAUUUAAUUUCAGCUCAUGAUUUUGUCUGGAGGUUUUCUUCCAGUUGUUCUGAUUUGCUCUGGCUCGGUAUCCUCUAAACAUUUAAAUGGUUCUGUUUCCAGGCACGGGUGGACUGGACUCCUUAGUUCCUGACAGACUGGUAACAUUACAAUAAGUAUUUAAUGAAGAAUUGUAUGUUUUUAAAUGGGAACUCCAAUGGGAAUGAGAAGACUUCUCAGCAUAGACUGGACAGACAGGCUCAAAGACUUGAAUAAAAGGGCUUGAUUCAAAGGAACACAGGAUCUGUUCUGUAACGAAAUGCUACUACAAUGAGUCAAACAUUUUCUCUGUUUAAAUUUACAUUCUAAUUACCUAUGUCAUAAAGGUUGUUAAAACUUGA